AAAAACUGCAGCAAACUUCAGAGGCUCCCUCAUUGCGGGACCCACUGGAGUUGGGACUUUCCUUUGUCUGAAAAGCUCCAGGACACUUUUGGUUUGCACAUUAAACUCAGCAGAAGACAAUGACCAACUUUUUCUGGUGUGCAACUUUGGGAUUAUGUUUGGUGAAGCUGAUUCUAGCCCAGAUAGAGUUAAAUGUAACCUGCAGAUAUGCAGGAGUUUACCAUGUGGAGAAAAAUGGCCGAUACAGUAUUUCCAGAAUUGAAGCCGAGGAUCUCUGUAAAGCUUUUAAUUGUACCCUGCCCACAUUGGAACAGAUGGAGAAGGCACGCAAAGUUGGAUUUCAAACCUGCAGAUAUGGAUUCAUAGAUGGACAUGUUGUCAUUCCACGGAUCACCCCCAAUUCUCUUUGUGCAGCAAAUAACACUGGAGUUUAUAUACUGCCAUCAAACACAUCGUUAUAUGACACCUACUGCUACAAUGCUUCAGCACCAGAAGGAGUGUCAUGUGAACCCGUGACAGAUCUACCCAGCGCAUUUGAAGGGCAAAUCACCAUAGGCAUUGUGAACCCCGAUGGAACACGAUACACCCAGAAAGGGGAAUACAGAACCCACAUCAAUGAGACCGAUCCCACCCUCCAUCCAGAAGAUGAUGGGAGUAGUGGAUCUGAAACAAACACACAGGGGAGCUCCACCAUAAUCAAAACUACCUACUAUAGUCCAGAUUCAUAUCCAGAUUCAGAUUUCUAUACAACUCCUUCAGAAUGGGAUAUGACCUCAAGUCCUGCAACUACCAGUAUGGACUCAACCACCAUCAAAACAGGCCUGGAGUCAAGGGAGGACAGUGACGGAUCAGGCAAUAUUGGUGAUGAUGAAGAUGAUAACGAACAUGAUCUCUUCAGUACCACUUCAGCCAGCUCUAGGAGAAUAAGUCAAGAAACAAGCUGGAAUGAAGGUUGGCUACCAGAGGACCCCAUUCCUAUAACGCCUGAAGACCAACCUCACCCCACAGCAAGGACAACGGAUGGAAACCUGCAAGACAACUCUACCCAAGAUCCCUUGAAAGGUGUUUUUCACCCUUUCUCAUUCUUUGAGGACAAGUCUCCCAUUCCAACUUCUACCCCCAUGAAUAAUGUGUCAUCUGAAGUUACCGAAGUACUUUUUCCUGGAGCACCUGAUUCCAAAGAACAGCAAACAGACAUGAGCGAUGAUAGAAGUGCAUCCCAACACCCAACAACAGAUCCCAACCCAAGUUUGGGAGAAGAUCUUGUCAGGACAGAGUAUCCUCAAAAGUCUACUUCAGCCGUGGAUCACACCAGGGAUGGAAAUCUUCCAGAUCACACAACCCAAGGUCCCCUGGAAGAUGGGUCCCCUGUUUCAACCACCCCUAUGAAUGAGGAGAAGUCUUCCGAAGAUCCCAUGAUUUUUCCUGGAUAUUUCCCAUCAGAGCAGGAUCCCAGGCACAGUACCUCCAGUCCAAACUCAGGUUUGGAAGAAGUCGAGGAAACCACCAAGAUGCACCCUCCAACAACUCAGCAUGUCAAAGGUAGAAGAGGUGAAAAGCUUCCUGAAGAUUCAACCCAAGAUCCCUCGGAAAGAAUUAUUUAUCAUUCCCCAAGCACUAAUGAAAAUGAGGAUUUACAUCAACUAACCAAGAAGCCACACGCAGACAUCCCUAAUGAACAUGGAACCAAUGAAGGGAGGAAAGAUGCUGAACCCACCAGUGCUCCACGGAGGAGGCCCCAAAUUCCGGAAUGGCUCAUUAUAUUAGCAUCCCUCUUGGCCUUGGCUUUGAUUCUCGCGGUCUGCAUUGCUGUUAACAGCAGGAGAAGGUGUGGGCAGAAGAAAAAACUGGUGAUUAACCGUAGCAAUGGAGCUGUGGAAGAGAGGAAAAUGAGUGGACUAAAUGGAGAUGCCAGUAAAUCUCAGGAAAUGGUGCACUUGGUGAAUAAAGAACCAUCAGAUGAGCGGACGGGACAAGAUGAGUUCACGGUAACUGAUGAGACCAGGAAUCUGCAGAACGUGGACAUGAAGAUUGGGAUGUGAAGACAGCAUCAGUCAUCUUUGUCAGGAGAGAUGGGGGAAACACCAAUCAAUGGAACUGGGACAGACACUUACAGAUGCAAUGUGCUACUGAUGUGUUUUAUAGCAAAACUCCUUUCUCCUCCUUUGGUUUUAUUUUUUUUUUUUCUAAUUCAGGUACAAGUUAGAAAAUUGACAUUGCUUUCUGAUAUAAGAGCCCAAGAUUUGCUUGAAUUUAGCAGAUACCAGUUCCUACCAGAGAUCUGCUUCCACCUAUGUGUGCUCUGAAGGGCAGCUUGCUGAAACUAAAGUUACAUUUCUCCCAUCUCCCCUCACUUCCCCAACUGAUUGCAGGGUCCUUCCUUUAACAUUAGAAUGAGGUUUCUGAAAUUUCCCCAGUUUAAACUCAUGUAACAGAGAGUUAGAAAAAUAGAGCAAAAAUUUAAAGAAAGGGGCUCCCCCAAAGCAUAUAUACCAGUAAGAUUCAUAGGCAUAUAGCAUAUUUUACUUUCUUGGCAUUUUCAGGGUGUGCCAGAUACAUGCCCACUCUGAUGUCUCUAGAAAGUUUGGAGUCCUUUUCACAGCAGCCACAAUGGGAAAGCCCAAGCUUGAAGCUAUUUAAUUCUAGUAAGCUAUUUAUCUUUGUUCUGGGAAAAAAAACAAACCCUGGAGACCCUGUUACCAGUAUGGUUUUUGUCUUUUGUUUUCAUUGUCAGAAAAAUGGGAAGGCUUUCUUAAGCUGAUCCAUAAUAAACACCUCUAUUUCUGCCACUUUACCAUUUGUGCUGUUAUCCUUUAGUUGCUAAAUUAUCUGUAUUGACCACUACCCUGGUUUACUGACCUGAGAAAAUACUUUUCAGUGAUUCCUAGGGUGCAUUGAUUCUAAGACUCUUGAUAUCCUUGGCCCAGGUACACCAGGAAAAAUCUAGCAGCAGGUCAAAAAAUAUAGCAAAAUGAUUAUUUCUAAAACAAAUGCAUUAUAACUUCUCCCUCAGAAUUUUAAUUGCAAGGGGUGGGGCAUGAAGGUUUUUUAUGUUUAAUUACCAGCUGUUCCAGCAACUUGCCACAAUUGAAAAGCCACAUUAAAUUUGUAUGACCCAUGCUUCUUUGGUCCCAUUUCAUCUGCUGUUUUGGACUCCUAUCUUACUAAUAAUCCCUAUAGAAAUAAGCAGAAAGCCCUCCAACUCUCCAAACCCAUGGAAGGUCCACAGAAAUGAAAGGUAAAGUGUAAAUAGCUAGAAUCCAGUUUAAUACUGAAUACACCUUUGUUUCUUUUUUCUUUUACAUAGUUUUUUUUUUACUUAUUUAUCUAUUUACCAAAGCCCAAGUCACACUCUCAUAGGAAGUUAGGAACUUGAAGUUCCAGCUCUUUCAGGUCUCAGUUCAUUUGCCUUCCUAAGCACCUAACUUACUGGAGGGAGGUAACUGAGUAAUGGGAAGAUUAAAACUUCGCAUUUGAUACUUGGCGAGAAACCCAAUAAAUAGCAGCUUUUCUUCCCCUAAACCAUGAUAAACUGCAUUUACAGUGGAGCCUGUAGGCAAUGCAUUGAAUAGAGAGUCCACUAAAAUAAAUUUUAUUUGGAAUUUAAGAUGUUGAAUCUAGGAAAUGGGUCACAGAAAACUACCCAUCAGGAUGUUUUACAGCCUGAAUGGAUAUCUGCAUUUCUGGUAACAUUUCUCCAGCCAAUUACCGGGGCCUGACUCAUAAAAGUAAUUGACCUUGAGACUCAAACAAAGGGAAAGUGGCCUUGGAAAAUCCUUGAGCUUUUCUCCUUUGACAAUGUUGGCUAGUUUUCUCCCCAAACCUCUGACAUCUUCCAUGUAAUUUAGGUCAGAUAGACUGGUGUCCCAAAGAGGUAUUUUCUGGAAGAAAGGCACCUCCAGCUUUGGACAUUUCUCUCUCAGUUAUGUAUAAAAAUCUGGAAACAUCACCACAACACUCUUGGGCCCUUCGACCUCACAUAUUCUGACCCUUCUGGUCAGUCACAGUGAUGCUUUGCCCUCUGGCAAAUGCAUCUCAAUGGAGCAGUGGUGUGGUAUGUGGCCACCACCAUGGAAAGCAAGAAAGGGACUCUCAAAAUGGGGAAAAUAUUGUUUGACAGGGAAACCCACUCACAAACAUACACAGACACACACACACACACACACAGACUCUCUCUUUCUCUCUCAAUCCUUACACCAUAGAAAUUGUUAUUCUGCCAAAACAGAGAAUUUUGAUUUCACAAGUUUGAAAUGAAUUUGGUUCAACUGGGAAACCAAACAACUGACCAAGAUUUGUCUGAAGUGCCUAUUGUUUAUGGUAGACCUCCCACUUGAAAUACUUCUCUAAAAAUGAGUAGAGACUGAUGAGGUUUCCACCCCCCCUCUUGGGUAUUAAUUCAUGUAGCUGGGCUGUUUACUAAUAUAUAACCAAUAGAGCCAACCUGGAAAAUAUUUGUUUUCAUCAUUUUAUUAUUGGAAGCAGUAUGGCAUUCUGUUUUAUCAUGUAUGUUGAUUCCAUCUUGUUUAUCCCACUGGUUUGCUCUGUGACCAGGGCAAGGCAUUUUAUCUCUCUGAGCCUUGUUACAAAAUGGGAUUAUUAGCACUUUCUUAAUUGCAAUGCAGUUGGGGAGCUAGAGUGUAACCUUUUUAGUCUACCAUUAUAAAUCAACCAUGUCUCUUGAGGGCUGUGCUUAAAUUAGUACUGUGUGAAAAAUGAAAUUGGUUGAGACCCAAGCUUUGGUAUGUCUUUUUCUGGUGAAAAUAUUCCUGGAAUGUAAUUUACCAGGAAACAGAUAGUGCAUGGAGAUGAUACUGUGCCAAGAUUCUGCCGGAGAGCAGUGUAGGUGGCUCCUUGUUUCUCUUGCAGAAAUUGUGCACUUACAUUUUAGACGGUAACCAUCCUCAUACAUUCAAGACCAUGACAUGACUUUUCUUUGUGUAAAUAGUUUGCAAUGUGGUUUUUUGCAAUGUAGAUUUUCCCAUAUGUAAAAAAAACCCAGUUAUUUGUCCUUUUUACAAUGUCCGACUCUUCUCGGAUUUGUAUAUUUAUUGACAGACUAGUAUUAUGAAAGAAAGUACCUGUAAACUGCUAAAUUGAAAAUACAUAUCGCAAAACAUUAAAUUGUUAUAAGUACCUUCGAAAAUAAACUGGACUGUAAAUUCUCUAAUAUAUAAGGGGUCAGAAGGAUGGAU